AUGCCCUCCAACAAGAACCUCGUCUUCCUCUCUCUGGCCGCCUCCCUCGUCAUCCCAAUCAACUGUUUUCAGAUCCCAUUCCUAUCCCAUCCGCAACCAUCAUCCUCAUCACCGUCUUCCAGCUCAGCCUCGGUCUUUCAACUCCAACAAGCUGUUCACAUCACCACCUACAAGACCCGUCGUCUACACCUGCGGAGAACAUUUAAUGAAACGGACAGGGAAACAAUCGAUAUCCGGAGCAAUAUACCCCGCGCAACAGCAACAAGAGCUGACGGAAGUCCAAUCGAGCACUACUAUCCUUCCUCUCAUUCUGUGAAAGUCCGUCAUGGGAAAAUAUGGACUCAUCAUUCUACUCUCAACCAGUGGAAACUCGCCCAUCAACGGCAAAUCUUACUCGACCAAUCCCAGAGAAACUUUGGAGAUCAUUCUCGAAUCUUAGCCAGCAACAAAACCUUGAUGAACAGCCAUCUGAACUGGUCUGAAUUCGACACCGUUCUUCCUGAUGUCACGGAUAUCGAAACUCUGGCCAGUCUGGCGAUGAUGACCAAUAAUGCUUAUACUCUUCCGGGCGACGAUAGAUGGUACGAUCCAGGAGGAGCUUGGAACUUGUCCGACUCUUUCGGAUGGGACGAAGAUGGCUUGCGGGGCCACAUUUUUGCAACACCUGAUAAUUCGACCAUCGUUGUUGCUAUCAAAGGAACUUCUGCUGGUUUGCUAGGGAAUGGCGGUUCGACUGGUGUCAAUGAUAAAUUGAAUGAUAAUUUAUUCUUCUCGUGUUGUUGUGCGCGAGUCAGUUGGAGUUGGUCGCCGGUUUGUGAUUGUUACGAAGGGCCGAACAAAUGUCGAGAAAGUUGUGUGGAGAGCGCGUUGAUGAACAAAUCAGUGUAUUUCCACGCAGCCGUCGAUUUGUACGACGACAUAGUACGAAUGUAUCCACAUUCACAAAUCUGGCUGGCUGGGCAUAGUCUGGGUGCUGCACUAGCGGGCAUAUUAGGUGUUACCUUUGGAGUACCAGCCGUGGGCUUCGAGGCUCCCGGCGAUCUGCUCCCCGCUCAACGACUCCAUCUUCCCUUACCACCAGGCGCUAAUUUCGGGAAUGGCCAGGAAAUGAGCCACGUUUUUCAAGUCUUUCAUACCGCUGAUCCGAUCGCCAUGGGCACUUGUAAUGGCGCGUUAAGUAGCUGUUCAGUGGCCGGUUAUGCACUCGAAACUCGCUGUCAUUUGGGAAAAUCCAUUAUUUUUGAUACCGUUGGUAAAUUAAAAUGGGCUCAAGAUAUCAGGACCCAUCCGAUCCAAACGGUCAUCGAUAAAGUAUUAAGACCUGAUUGGAUUCCUGGAUCAAACUUUUCCGAAUGUCACGAAGGCGGUAAGCAAGUUAAAGAGAAAGGCUUACGAUGGCCUUGGACUGGUCGUAAAAAUAAGGGAUCAGAUUGCCCGAACGAGAACGACGAGCCGAUCGUUCCUAUCGCUGAACCUCAGGAUUGCGAGGAGGGUGAUUGCCCACUCUGGGAAUUCAGAGACUCUUGGGACGAUGAUGGCGGUGAUCAUUGA